AUGGACAGUCGAUCACAACGACUGGAGAUAUCGAAACCUUUGCCAAUUCUGCCUCCUCCGCCUCCACCUCCACCACCUCCGCCGUCCAAGGAUCACCAAGCCACUCUCGGUCCCUUCCAGUGGACUUCCAACGCCCCACGCCCAUUGUCCGACAUACGCGAGUUGAGUGAGCCAAGUCUGAUGGACAACUUGAUGCGACAGUCCAGCGCACGAUUCCGACAUCGACGAAGCCUAUCACGAGCACAUUCCAAGUCGCGCGAUCGCUCCCUUUGGCGCGCCAACUCAUUGAAGACAUCAAAUCAUGCCGCAAAGACGACCCAUCAGGCGCUCUGUCUUCAGGAGACAAGUUCAUCGUCAUACAGCAGCACACCAGAGCAGGUCAGCUUCUACAGCAUACCACAAUCGAGCGUGCCACAACGGUCCUCUUCGCAGACUCAUGGAAAACGUGCCCCACGAGCGACGACUAGCAGAACUUCGAAUCGUCCCUUGCAAGAAUCGCACUUGGUACCGCCUCCUCGAUAUGGAUGCUCUAUACCCAAUCGCGGAGGCGCGGAAUCACCAGUGAAAGAGGCAGGACUGAGGCUAGACCCAAUCACAUCGGACAUGGCUCGUAGGAUCCCAUCGCAGACUCAUGUUCGGGCUCUAUAUCCAUCGGAUGUUGUUGAGUAUCCGACAUUCAAGCAUCCGCGAAUCAAAUUGGAACUUCAGAUCUCGGCACCCGUUUUCGUCGGCGGCGGGAGUGUGGAAGGAUAUGUUCGAAUUACAGUGGACGACAAUGAGCGGGUGAGACAUCGUCGGUCUCUCAGCAUUGGUGCCAUCUCUGUGGAUCUGAUCGGCUUUGAGGAGAUGGGAUCGAACCGAAGAUCGACGUUUCUUGCCUUGGGCACGGAGCUCAUCGAUGCAAGUCACCCGCCUCCCGCAAGGAUGGUCCAGCCGGAGAAUCCAUUGUUUGCGGACGACAAAUUCUGGUCAAUGGCUCCAUCUUGCUCCGCGCUCCCAUUCAUGAUCAGUCUACCGCUGGACACGGGCCCUCCGCCGUUUCAAUCCAAGCAUGCCACCAUUCGCUUUCUGCUGUCCGUCACUGCACUAGUGCGCGACGCGGGAAAACACUAUCGCGUCAGAACAUCUCAGGACGUAUACGUUCUUCCGACUUACGACCCCGAGAAAGCACUCACAUCCCUUCCGAGUCCGCUUACGGCUGCGGAUGAACUAUAUCUUUCGCGACUCACCGGACAGGAAAGCUUGAAAGUCACAGCAGGGCUCCACCGGCAAGUAUGGGUGAGCGGCAGCAGCAUUUUUGUCGACGUACACAUCUCCAAUAAAUGCCGGAAGCCGGUCAGAAAGCUUGAGCUGUCUCUUGAGCGGGACAUACUCUGCUACAAGCACGCGGCAGCCGCAACGAUGGAGAAAUCUGCAAGUCAGGCUCGCAUAUUUGAAAGCAACGAGCAGACCAUCUUGACGAGGUCUAUCUGCAAGGCAGGUGCAGGUGGCUGGAACGGAGUCGAGCCUCACACCUCGGACACGCGGACCUGUGAGCUGGAGUUGCCUCGUGGUCAUGCUACAGUGCGCUGCGGUAAGUACUUCGAAGUGCGGUACUUCCUCAACGUGACGGCGUCGUUAUCGAACUCGAAGGUUGUGUCGAUACAGCUACCCAUCAUUCUCAUCCACAUCAACUCUCUCGACGUGGUACCCAACUCUGUAGCGCAAGUUGCCGCAGCUAUCGAGGAGAAGCGAAGUCAUCGUCAAAUCAGUCGCACACGGUCGAAGAGAAGCGUGAAUCGACAUGGCAGGCAACGAUCCGUCUCGUCUCCAGCGCGAGUGCCCGAUCUCCGCAAACAGCCGUCCUACGCUCAAGGCCGAGCGUUCGCAGCUCCUCGGCUUCAGUCCCUGGAGCGACAGCGGGAGCUCAAAGCCGACAUUGACGACCUCCGGAACAUCAUCGACUGCUCUCCUCGCAAGCAAGCUCCUCAUCCUCCGCUUCUCCCCAACACAACCAUCAAGAAAGCCGCCAGCAAUCUCAGCCUAGCGACCCUCAAAUUCACUAGCAAGAGCACCGAAACCCUCGGCAUCCUCGGCGCAAUGUCCUACCAUACUCCUCCACGACCUGCCACCGCCGCCGACGCAGACAGCUUUCGUGACCGGCUUCGAAGAAUGGGCAGCUCCGACUCCAUCCGCAGCAAGCAUCUCCGCAAUCAUCGCGAGAACAUCAAGCCGCUCAUUCAUCGUGCUCCUUUACAUGAGUAUCAGAUUGCUCCGCAUACACUUGGCCUGACUGCGACAUCUCGGAAGUUGAGCCUGGAUGCGCCACCGAGUGAGCGCUCCGCGACGGCGAUGAGUUUGAGGGAUAAAUUGGAUCGCAGUCGGUUUGAGUUCAAGGCUGUGAGGAGGAAGGCGAGUGGAGGGUUGAAGGAAAGGGGAAUGGGGUGGUGGGAGCAGAGGCGGAGGAAAGACCGAGAGAGAGAGGCGGUGGAGGGUGGCUGGAUUUGA